UGGGCUGAACUUGCACCCAGAGUAUGUGGCCCGUGCAUUUUAAUACUCUGGAAGUAGUGUCAUGCUAUGUCUUUUAGUUAAUCUUGUAAAUCCUUGUGUUGUGCACAGACUCCUGCAAACAUGUAUAUCUGGUUUACUGUUCUGGCAGGUUUGGCUCUUUUGCCCGCGCUGCUCAAAACUUUCUUUCCGUAUUUUUUCCACGACUUCGUUUACAUAUAUAAAGCUCUCGGAUUCGGGAUCAGACUCAAUAAAUACAAAAGGAAAACCCCAUUCUAUAGUGUUGUGGACUGUUUUUUGGAUGCGGUAAAGAAACACCCGCAAAAAAUCUUUAUUCAUUUCGAAGAUAAGACUUAUUCUUAUGCGGAUGUGGACAGAGAGAGUAAUAAAGUGGCGAAUGCGCUGCGCACGGUGGCCGCGCUCAAAGAAGGGGAUACAGUUGCGCUUUUCCUCGGGAAUGAACCCUGUUUCGUGUGGACCUGGCUCGGCCUGGCUAAGCUGGGCUGUCCCGCAGCACUCCUGAACUUCAAUAUCCGAUCCAAAUCACUCCUUCACUGCUUCUCCUGUUGUGGUGCAAACGUGCUCAUCGCAGCUGCUGAGCUUCGUGAUGCUGUCGAGGAGAUCUUGCCUGCACUGAAAGAGAAGGGUAUAACUGUCUACCUUCUGUCGGAUGAGUGCAGUACAGACGGCAUUAAGAGUACCUCUCAGAAGAUUGCAGAGGCUUCAGAUAAACCGCUGUCCCCAUCUCUUAGGUCCAACGUUCAUAUCAGGAGUACAGCACUGUAUAUCUACACCUCUGGAACAACAGGUCUUCCAAAGGCAGCAUAUGUGACCCACGAGAGGGUUUGGGCUGCGUCCUUCAUCCAGGGUGUUACUGGGGUGACAUCUGAAGAUAUAUUCUACAUCAAUCUGCCACUUUAUCACAGUGCUGGAUUUCUCAUCGGACUUAUUGGAUCCAUUGAAAGAGGUAACACCAUUGUUCUGCGAAGAAAGUUUUCGGCCACUCAGUUCUGGGAUGACUGCAGAAAGUACAACAUAACUGUGAUGCAGUACAUCGGAGAAACAAUGCGAUACCUUUGCAAUACGCCAAAGAAAGACAAUGAUCGAGACCACAAAGUGAAGAUCGCCAUUGGGAAUGGCGUACGUGCGGACAUCUGGAAAGAAUUCCUGAACCGCUUUGGGGAAAUUCAUGUCCGGGAACUUUAUGCUGCCACUGAGGGAAAUGUUGGUUUCAUCAAUUACACCGGUAAAGUCGGAGUGGUUGGUCGUGUCAAUAUUCUCACCAAGAUAUUUUUCCCUUUUGCACUGAUCAAGUUUGACAUUGAGAAAGAAGAGCCUGUGAGGAAUUCUGAGGGCUUGUGUAUCCCAGCUGGCAAAGAUGAGGUGGGACUUCUGGUAGGGAAAAUUACAAGGCACUCUCCUUUUGUUGGCUACGCCGGGAAUAAGCAGCAGACAGACAAGAAGAGACUCAGUAAUGUGUUUGUGAAAGGAGAUCUGUAUUUCAACAGCGGAGAUCUGCUCAGGAUUGACCACGACAAUUUUGUCUACUUCCAAGAUCGAGUUGGAGACACUUUCAGAUGGAAAGGAGAGAAUGUGGCUACAACUGAGGUUGCAGAUAUUCUUACCAUGGUGGAUUGCAUCGAGGAGGCCAAUGUAUAUGGAGUCAAAGUUGAAGGCCAUGAAGGAAGGAUAGGAAUGGCGGCUCUUAAACUGAGAGAGGGCAAAGAGUUUGACUGUGUUACCACUUGCAGUGUUUUGGCGAACUACCUACCGGUGUACGCCAGACCCCGUUUCAUCCGAAUUCAGAAUUCCUUUGAAGUCACAGGAACCUUCAAGAUAAAGAAAGUGAAGUUGGUGGAGGAAGGCUUUGACCCCAAACUAAUACAUGAUCCACUCUACUUCCUGGAUUUGACUCAAAAGAAAUACAUUCCACUCACUCAGGAGGUUUACAAGUCAAUCAUGUCACAUGACAUUAAAUUGUAAUCUCCAUAAAUAAAAGCUAAACUGACCAUUUAGAAGUUUACUAACCAGUAGCUGUUCACUAAUCUCAGGGAAACAAGUAUGAUUACAGUGAAUGAUUUGUCAGUUUGUAACUCAUAUCUACCUUUGCAGACCAGUACAGUCAAAUGUUUUACAUCAGUAAAAAAAAAAUGUAUAGAAUGCCUAACAGUGCCUCAUCACUUAACCUUGUUAAUAAUGUACAUUGCAAUCUAUUGUCUUAACUUUUAAUAAAGAACUCAAUAAGAAUCUAAAAA